CCCAUGGAAGUGGCGCCGUAGGAGGCUCCAGAGGUGAAGCCCUGGAAGGCUCUGGAGGCAGAGCCGAGGGAGGUGACGCCGUGGGAGGUGGCGCCGUAGAAGGCUCCAUGAGUGAAGCCCUGGUAGGCUCUGGAGGCAGAGCCGAGGGAGGUGACGCCGUGGGAGGUGACGCCGUGGGAGGUGGCGCCGUAGAAGGCUCCAGGAGUGAAGCCCUGGUAGGCUCUGGAGGCAGAGCCGGGGGAGGUGACGCCGUGGGAGGUGGCGCCGUAGAAGGCUCCAGGAGUGAAGCCCUGGUAGGCUCUGGAGGCAGAACCGGGGGAGGUGGCGCCGUAGGAGGCUCCAGAUGUGAAGCCCUGGAAGGCUCUGGAGGCAGAGACGAGGGAGGUGACGCCGUGGGAGGUGGCGCCGUAGAAGGCUCCAUGAGUGAAGCCCUGGUAGGCUCUGGAGGCAGAGCCGAGGGAGGUGACGCCGUGGGAGGUGGCGCCGUAGAAGGCUCCAGGAGUGAAGCCCUGGUAGGCUCUGGAGGCAGAGCCGGGGGAGGUGACGCCGUGGGAGGUGGCGCCGUAGAAGGCUCCAGGAGUGAAGCCCUGGUAGGCUCUGGAGGCAGAACCGGGGGAGGUGGCGCCGUAGGAGGCUCCAGAGGUGAAGCCCUGGAAGGCUCUGGAGGCAGAGACGAGGGAGGUGACGCCGUGGGAGGUGGCGCCGUAGAAGGCUCCAGGAGUGAAGCCCCGGUAGGCUCUGGAGGCAGAACCGGGGGAGGUGGCGCCGUAGGAGGCUCCAGAGGUGAAGCCCUGGAAGGCUCUGGAGGCAGAGCCGAGGGAGGUGACGCCGUGGGAGGUGGCGCCGUGGGAGGCUUGGGAGGCAGAGCCGCAGGAGGCUCGGGAGGCGAAUCUCUAGAAGGCUCUGGAGUCUUAGGGAGCAGAGCCAUGGGAGGCUCGGGAGGUGGAGCCGUGGAAGGCUCGAGAGGCGGAGCCCUAGGAAGCUCUGGAGUCUUUGGGAGCAGAGCCAUGAGAGGCUCGGGAGGUGGAGCCGUAGGAGGCUCUGGAGGGGGAGCCGUAGGAGGCUCGGGAGGCAGAGCCAUAGGAGCCUCUAGUGGCCGAGCCCUGGAAGGCUCGAGAGGCUUGAGGGGGGGAGCCAUGAAAGACUCGAGAGGGGGAGCCCUGAGAGGCUUGAGAGGAGGAGGAGCCCUGAAAGACUCGAGAGGGGGAGCCCUGAGAGGCUUGAGAGGGGAAGGAGCCCUGAGAGACUCGAGAGGCGAAGCCGUGAGAGGCUUGAGGGGAGGAGCCAUGAAAGACUCGAAGGGCGGAGCCCUGAGAGGCGGAGGAGCCCUGAGAGACUCGAGAGGCGAAGCCGUGAGAGGCUUGAGGGGUGGAGCCAUGAAAUACUCGAGAGGCGAAGCCGUGAGAGGCUUGAGGGGUGGAGCCAUGAAAGACUCGAGAGGCGAAGCCGUGAGAGGCUUGAGGGGUGGAGACAUGAAAGACUCGAGAGGCGAAGCCGUGAGAGGCUUGAGGGGUGGAGCCAUGAAAGACUCGAGGGAUGGAGCCCUGAGAGACUCGAGAGGCGAAGCUGUGAGAGGCUUGAGGGGUGGAGCCAUGAAAGACUCGAGGGAUGGAGCCCUGAGAGACUCGGGAGGCGAAGCCGUGAGAGGCUUGAGGGGUGGAGCCAUGAAAGACUCGAGGGAUGGAGCCCUGAAAGACUCGAGAGGCGAAGCUGUGAGAGGCUUGGAAGGAGGGGGAGCCCUGAGGGACUUGAGGGGUAGAGCUCUGGGAGGCUCGUGAGGAGGAGACCUAGGAGGCUCGUGAGGAGGGGCCCUCGGAGGCUCGAGAGGAGGAGCCCUGGGAGGCUCGAGAGGCGGAGCCCGGGAGGGUUCUGAGGGGCGAGCAGAGGCCGGCAGAGUCGUGGAAGACUCUGAGGGCGGAGCAGAGCCCGGCAGAGCCGUGGAAGACUCUGGGGGCGGAGCAGAACCCGGCAGAGCCGUGGAAGACUCUGGGGGGCGGAGCAGAACCCGGCAGAGCCGUGGAAGACUCUGGGGGUGGAGCAGAACCCGGCAGAGCCGUGGAAGACUCUGGGGGAACCUCUGCGGUCAUGAGCACAAGACGAGACUGGGGAGAAGGGGCCCUCUUCCUUCUCUGACGUCUUCGGCCAACAGGGGAUGUGGCCAUGGGGACGGUCGAGGCUACAGGCGCUGGCUCUGGGGCGGU